AUGGAUCCGGGCGGCGGGGGCGGGAUGCUCCUGGAGGACUUCGGGCAGCGCGUGGACCUCACGCGCCGCAUCCGCGAGGUGCUAGCCAACUACCCGGAGGGCACCACCGCGCUGCGGGAGCUCAUCCAGAACGCCGACGACGCUGGCGCAGGGCGCGUCCGCCUCUGCCUCGAUCGCCGAUCGCACGGGAGGGCGUCGCUGCUGGCCCCCGCGCUCGCGCAGUGGCAGGGCCCCGCGCUGCUUGCUUACAACGACGCGGUGUUCACCGACGAGGACUUCGCCAGCAUCUCCCGCAUUGGAGACAGCAAGAAGGUCGCCCAGACGUGGAAGACUGGCCGCUUCGGGGUUGGUUUUAACUCAGUUUACCACUUGACUGACUUGCCGUCGUUCGUGAGUGGCAAGUAUGUUGUCCUAUUCGACCCCCAGGGUGCUUAUCUUCCAAAUGUGUCGGCAGCAAAUCCUGGAAAGCGCAUCGACUAUGUCAGUUCGUCAGCAAUUACAAUGUACCAUGAUCAGCUUUCACCCUACUGUGCGUUUGGCUGCGACAUGAAAGCAUCAUUUCUGGGAACUCUGUUUCGUUUUCCUUUGAGGAGUUCUGAGCAAGCAUCUUCAAGUCGGUUAUCAAGACAGUCAUACACAGAAGAUGAUAUUUUAUCUCUUUUUGCCCAACUGUACCAAGAAGCUGUAUAUAAUUUGCUGUUCCUUAAAAAUGUUCUAUCACUUGAGAUGUAUGUGUGGGAAUCUGGUAUGGCUGAGCCAAAAAUAAUAUACUCUUGUUACUUAGAGCCACAGAGUGAAAAGCUGUCCUGGCAUCGCCAAGCCCUUGUCAGGUUCUCUGGCACUCCUGUUGAAUCUUCUAAGCAGAAGUUGGACUCUUUCUCGAUGGAUUUCAUAUCAGAAGCAUUCUCGGGCAACAAGAUUGAGAAAAAGAGCUCUACCUAUUUUAUCGUUCAGGGAAUGGCAUCUGCAUCAAGUAAAAUUGGUAUUUUUGCAACUGCAGCUGCCAAGGAAUAUGAUCUUCACUUACUGCCUUGGGCUUCUGUUGCUGCUUGCAUCUCCAACACAGGGCUUGAGGAUACUGUUCUCAGACAGGGUCGUGCUUUCUGUUUUCUUCCUUUGCCAGUAAGGACAGGACUAUCUGUGCAUGUCAAUGGUUAUUUUGAAGUUUCAUCCAACCGACGUGACAUUUGGUAUGGUGCUGACAUGGACAGGGGUGGUAAGCUUCGCUCUGAUUGGAACAGGCUACUGUUGGAAGAUGUUGUCGCCCCGUUGUUCAGAGAACUGCUGAUGAAGUUGCGGAUGCUUUCUGACUCCACGAUAUCAUAUUAUUCACUGUGGCCAACUGGUUUAUAUGAGGAGCCCUGGAGUAUCCUUGUGGAGCAAAUUUACAAGGUUAUUUACACCUCGCCAGUCUUGCAUUCAGAGAUUGAAGGCGGGACCUGGAUAUCACCAGCUGAUGCUUUGCUUCAUGAUGAGGGAUUCUCAGGAAGCAAUAAUCUUAAUGAUGCCCUCGUGUUGGUAGGCAUGCCAAUUGUCCGCGUAUCUAAUGCAAUAGGUGAUAUGUUUUCAAAAUUUUAUAUGCAGUCUAUGCUCAAAAUAGUAAGUCCUGCUAUAGUGAGGCAUUUCCUCAACAAUUAUGCUAAACUUGCUACACUAGGAAAGUCUCAUAAGUUGAUAUUAUUGGAAUAUUGUCUUACUGAUGUUGACAGUACUGAUAUUGGUAAAUGCAUGAAUGGCCUUCCACUGAUUCCACUAGCAAAUAUGCAGUAUGGGACUUUUUCUGCUAGUUCGCAAGAGGGCUAUUAUUAUGCCUGUGAUAACAUCGAAUAUGAGCUUCUAGCUGAAGUUGGUGAUAGAAUAGUUGACAGAAGCAUCCCUCCUGUACUACUAGACAAGCUGUAUCAGAUAGCCAGUGAUUCCCAGGCCAACAUUAGGCUCAUUGAUGGCCCGAUCUUCUGCCAGCUCUUACCCAGGUUAUUUCCUCCUGGAUGGAAGCUUAAAGAUCAAGUUCCCUGGAAUCCAGGAUUGGGUGGGUCAUCUCCUACAGCAGCCUGGUUUAAACUUUUUUGGCAGUAUAUAGGGGGACGCUUGUAUGACCUUCAUUUGUUUAGUGAUUGGCCUAUACUGCCAUCUACUUCUGGCCACCUUCACAGGGCACGUACAAGCUCAAAAUUAAUCAAAACAGAAUCAUUGUCUAGUUUGAUGAAUGAACUCCUGGCAAAGUUUGGUUGCAAGAUACUGGAUGCUGAAUAUUUGAGUGACCACAAGCAAUUGUCAUUUUAUGUGUAUGAUGGUGACGCAACUGGAGUUCUUCAGUCAAUCUUUGGGGUUGUCUCAUUGGAAGGUGUUGACUUGCAAUCUCUGUUUCAACGCAUUACCCCUGGAGAAAACAAUGAACUGUACCAGUUUCUUCUGGAUCCAAAAUGGUAUUUAGGAGCCCGCCUUUCUGACAUAAGUAUAAAUCAAUGCAAAAAGCUUCCAAUCUUCAGGGUAUUUGAUGGAGGUUCUCCCAGUACUUAUUUUUUCUCGGAUUUGUCCAGUUCAAGAAAGUAUCUGCCACCUCUUGGUGUUCCUGACCACUUACUCAAUGCUGACUUUAUUUUCUCUAUUUGCCCAAGCGAUGAAGAUAUCAUAAUGAGAUAUUAUGGCGUUGAACGCAUGCCAAAAUCAAACUUCUACCAGAGGUAUGUUCUGAAUAGAUUGGACAAGCUGCAAACGGAGUUGCGCGAUUCAGUUCUAUUAACAAUCUUACAAGAUCUGCCUCAGCUGUCCUUGGAGGAUCCAAUGUUCAAGGAAACCUUGAAAAUCCUUAGAUUUGUUCCCACUAUCAAUGGAACUUUGAAAAGCCCACAAUCUCUUUAUGAUCCCCGGGUGGAAGAACUCUAUGUUCUUCUCCAGGAAUCAGAUUGCUUUCCCCAUGGUUUAUUUCAAAAUCCAGAUGUUCUUGAUAUGCUGCUUUGCUUGGGGCUUAGAACUUCAGUUUCUACUGAUACCAUAUUACAAAGUGCUCGGCAGAUUGAUUCACUUGUGAACAUAGAUCAGCAGAAGGCUCAUUCAAGGGGUAAGGUCCUUCUUUCAUAUAUUGAAGUUCAUGCUCACAAAUGGUAUGUGAAUAAGCUAUCUGAUGGUCGGAAGAAGGUGAACAUGCUAGCUAAAGUUACCACUGCGCUCAGGCCUCGUGACAAAUCUUGGGAAUUUGAUCUUGAAAAGUUCUGGAGUGAUCUGAGACUGAUUUGCUGGUGUCCUGUGUUGGCUACUGCACCAAGUCCAGCUUUGCCAUGGCCUUCAGUAUCAUCAAUGAUAGCUCCACCUAAGCAAGUAAGGAUGCAGGAAGAUAUGUGGAUUGUUUCUGCUAGCUCACGUAUUCUUGAUGGUGAAUGCACUUCCUCAGCCUUGUCGUACAGCUUAGGUUGGUUGUCGCCUCCAUCAGGGAGCGUGAUUGCAGCUCAACUGCUUGAAUUGGGCAAGAACAAUGAAAUUGUGACUGACCAAGUCUUUCGGCAAGAAUUAGCUUUGGUGAUGCCUAAGAUUUAUUCUUUGCUGACAAACUUGAUUGGUUCUGAUGAAAUGGAUAUUGUGAAAGUGGUUCUAGAAGGAUGCAGAUGGAUUUGGGUGGGUGAUGGAUUUGCGAAAACAGACGAAGUUGUUUUAAGUGGUCACCUUCAUCUAGCACCAUACAUUCGUGUUGUUCCAAUUGACUUAGCAGUGUUCAAAGACUUGUUCUUGGAGCUCGGCAUAAAGGAGCACCUGUACCCUGUUGAUUAUGCUAGUAUUCUCAGCAGAAUGGCCAUAAGGAAAGCUUCAGCUUCACUUGAAGCUGAAGAAUUAAGAACAGCUAUCUUGGUUGUGCAGCAUUUAUCUGAGUUCUGGUUUCAGGAUCAGCAAACACAAAUAUAUUUACCCGAUUCUUCAUCUAGGCUCUGUCUAUCUUCUGAACUUGUAUUCAAUGAUGCUCCUUGGUUACGUGAUUUUGGUCAUGACAUCAGUGGGAGCGCAUCAAGCAUUGCUUUAAGCUCGAAAAAGUAUGUUCACAAUUUUGUUCAUGGUAACAUUUCUAAUGAUGUGGCUGAAAGGCUUGGUGUCCGCUCUCUUCGUCGUCUCUUGCUUGCUGAGAGUUCUGAUUCGAUGAAUUUGAGUUUGUCAGGAGUUGCUGAAGCGUUUGGACAGCAUGAAGACUUGACUACACGACUCAAGCAUAUUGUUGAGAUGUAUGCAGAUGGCCCUGGAAUUCUCUUUGAGUUGGUACAGAACGCAGAAGAUGCUAAGGCUUCUGAGGUUGUGUUUUUGCUGGAUAAGACUCAGUAUGGAACUUCAUCCAUUCUUUCACCUGAAAUGGCUGAAUGGCAAGGACCUGCUCUCUACUGCUUUAAUGAUUCAGUUUUUAGUCCACAGGACCUUUAUGCCAUCUCACGAAUAGGUCAAGACAGCAAACUUGAGAAACCUUUUGCAAUUGGAAGGUUUGGUCUUGGCUUCAAUUGUGUGUAUCACUUCACAGAUAUUCCUGGAUUUGUUUCCGGUGAGAACAUUGUCAUGUUUGAUCCACAUGCCUGUUAUUUGCCAGGAAUAUCUCCGUCUCAUCCUGGUUUAAGGAUACAGUUUGUAGGAAGAAGGAUCUUAGAUCAGUUUCCUGAUCAGUUCACCCCAUUCUUACAUUUUGGUUGCAAUUUGCAACAGCCAUUUCCAGGUACACUCUUCCGGUUUCCCCUUAGGAAUGCGGCAGCUGCUUCGAGAAGUCAAAUAAAACGAGAACAGUAUGCACCACAAGAUGUGGAAAUGCUUUUCUCUUCAUUCUCUGAAGUUGUAUCUGAGGCUCUACUUUUUCUCCGCAAUGUUAAAAAGGUAACUCUAUAUGUCAAGGAGAACAACAGUCAGGAGAUGCGACUUGUUCAUCGUGUGUCCAGGAAUAAUAGCUCUCAGAUGGGUAAAGAACCUCAUGCACUUGGCGCAAUGCUUGCAUUUAUACAUGGAAACCAACCAUCAGGAAUGGAUAGAAAUCAAUUUUUCAGUAAGUUGAAUAAGACUAAAGACAGUGACUUGCCCUGGAGUUGUCAGAAGGUUACUAUUCUUGAGCAAAACCCUUCUUCACACUUGUUGCACUCAUGGAUGUUAGCUGAAUGUAUAGGUGGGGGUCAUGCUAGAAAGUUGUCAACUGCCUCUGGUAGUAAAUCUCACUUCUUUGUUCCAUGGGCAUCUGUUGCUGCAUAUCUGCAUUCAGUGAGUGUCGAUGAUACAAAAGAACUAUCUGCUGAAGCUGAAGUCAACCAUGAUAACUCAGUUUUCACAAAUCCAGAUCUUGGAUCUUCUAAGGUCAGGAAAAAAAUUGAGGGUCGGGCCUUUUGCUUUCUUCCUCUACCAAUCAAUACUAGCAUGCCAGUGCAUGUAAAUGCUUAUUUUGAACUCUCUUCAAAUCGAAGGGAUAUCUGGAUCGGAAAUGACAUGGCUGGGGGAGGAAGAGUACGAUCAGAGUGGAAUUUAGCGUUGCUUGAAGAUGUCGUUGCUCCUGCUUAUGGGCACCUGCUUGCAGCUGUUGCUGAAGAGCUUGGUCCCUCUGACCUGUUUCUGUCAUUUUGGCCUAGUGCUACAGGUGUUGAACCAUGGUCUUCCAUGGUGAGGAAACUCUAUGUAUCUAUUGCAGAACUUGGAAUUCACGUUCUAUAUACAAAAGCUCGAGGUGGUCACUGGCUGUCAUCAAGGCAGGCUAUUUUUCCAGAUUUCAGUUUCUCAAAGGCAAUGGAGCUGGCAGAACUUCUCUCUCAAGCUGGUUUGCCUGUGGUAUCUGUAACCAAGCCAAUAAUUGACAAUUUCAUUAAUGCAUAUCCAUCAGUUCAUCUACUAAAUCCUCAUUUGCUGAGGAAUUUGUUGAUCCGACGGAAGCGUGGCUUCAGAAGCAGAGAAGAGGCUAUACUUGUUCUUGAGUAUUGCUUGAGUGAUAUGGGAGAUCCUUCCUUUUGUGAUAAAUUGCAAGGUUUGGCUCUUCUUCCUGUGGCAAAUGGAUCAUUCACAACAUUCAACAAACGAGGGGAGGGUGAGAGAGUAUUCCUUACUUCACAAAUAGAAUUUGAACUUCUUAAGGAUUCCAUACCACAUCUUGUUAUUGACAAUUCUUUACCAGAAGGUGUUUCGAAGAAGUUGUAUGACAUAGCUUAUUCUGCACGCAUGAACAUAUAUAUAUUCACAAGUAAUCUUCUCAUUGAGCUGUUGCCUAGGAUCUUGCCACCUGAAUGGCAACAUGCUAAGCAGUUGUCUUGGUUUCCUGAGCAGCAAGGCCAGCCAAGUAUGGAAUGGAUGGUAUCACUCUGGAAUUUUUUGAGGCAUUCCUGUGACGAUAUUUCAGUUUUCGCAAAGUGGCCUAUACUACCUCUUGUAGAUGGCAAGGUCGUGCAACUUGGGAAUGCUGCAAAUGUAAUAAGAGAUGAUGGAUGGAGCGAAAAUAUGCAUUCCUUGCUUCAAAAACUGGGAUGUUUAUUUCUGCGAUCUGAUUUGCAGAUAGAACAUCCUCAGUUAGCGAAUUUUGUUCAGGAAUCCACUGCUGCUGGUGUUUUGAAUGCUGUGCAGUCAGCUUCUAAUCUCCAGGAUAUCAAGGAAUUGUUUAUGAGCACUUCAUUGGCAGAAGCACAUGAACUCCGAAGUUUCAUUUUCCAGUCAAAGUGGUUUUCCGGAAAUCAGAUCACCUCCUCCCAUAUGAAUACAAUCAGGAACCUCCCAAUAUUUGAAUCUUAUAAAUCUAGGGAACUUGUUAACUUGACAAAUCCUAGAAAAUGGCUUAAACCAGAAGGGGUGCAUGAGGAUUUAUUGAAUGCAAGCUUUAUAAGAACUGAAUCUGUGAAGGAGAGGUCAAUUUUGGUAUCAUACUUUGAUAUCAAGGAACCUCAAAAGGUUGAAUUUUACAAGGACCAUGUCCUUCCUCGAAUGUCAGAGUUUCUUUUGCAGCCAGCUAUUAUUUCAGCAGUUAUUCGUGAUGUGAAACUGUUGAUAGAUAAUGAUGAUUCAGCAAGAGCUGCAUUAUGUGAGACCCCUUUUGUCUUGUCAGCCAAUGGAGCGUGGGUCCAGCCCUCCAGGCUUUAUGAUCCUCGUGUGCCUGAGUUACUGAAGUUGCUGCACCAAGAAACCUUCUUUCCUUCAGAAAAGUUCAUGAUGACUGAAGUAAUUGAAUUAUUGGGUAGUUUUGGAUUGAAAAGAAAUUUCGGUUUUAGUACUUUGCUUGACAUGGCAAGGUCAGUUUCACUGGUGCACAAUUCAGGACAAGAUGAUGCAUUUGCUUAUGGGCAAAAGCUACUUACCUAUCUAAACAUUCUUGAGUCCAAAACUUCAUACAUGGAGGGCAGAGAAACUUCUCUUAAGGAUGGGAAUCCGGAAGCAUCUGAAAUUAGUGAAAAUUUGGAACCUGAAAAUCAUGGAGAUGUGUGUGAUCCAAGUGACCAAACUAGUGUAUCUUUGUUCUCGAAUUUUGAUUAUGAUAUGCCAGAAGAUUUAUUUUGGUCAGAGCUGAAAAAUAUUUCUUGGUGUCCAGUCCAUGUUGCACCAUUGCUCAAAGGACUUCCAUGGUUCAUAUCUGAAGAUAUCAUAGCACCACCUGUCAUCACAAGGCCGAAAUCGCAGAUGUGGCUUGUUUCAUCAAAAAUGCGAAUUCUUAGUGCAGAUUCCUGUUCCAUGUAUGUGCAAAGAAAACUAGGCUGGUGUGACCCACCAAAUGUGAGCACAUUGUCUUCUCAGUUAGUCGAGCUCUCCAAGUCUUAUGAUGAACUCAAAAUGUUUUCUGCAGACACAGACAUUGAUGCUAUUCUGCAAAAGGAGGUUCAAGUAAUCUACUCAAAAUUGCAAGAUAUUAUUGGCACUACCAGUGGCAACGCUCUAAAAGAGUAUCUGGAUGGAUUUCAAUGGGUUUAUAUAGGGGAUAGGUUCGUGGCACCACAGGCACUUGCUUUUGACUCGCCUGUAAAAUAUCAUCCCUAUCUUUACACAGUUCCAUCCGAACUGUCAGAGUUUAAAAAGUUACUCUCAGAGUUGGGUGUGAGGCAGACAUUUGAUGCAAUGGAUUAUCUGAAUGUGCUCCGCCGUUUAGAAGGAGAUGUCAAAGGAGAGCCGUUGUCCACAGAGCAACUCAGUUUUGUUCAUUGUGUAUUGGAAGCAUUUGUUGACUGUUACCCUGAUAGUCAAGCACCUGAUGUGUUACUGAACUCAUUGGUGAUUCCAGAUUCAUUUGGGGUUCUGACACCUGCUAGAAACCUCGUCUAUAACGAUGCACCCUGGAUGAAUGCUAAUCCCACUUCAAAGAAUUUUAUUCAUCUCAGUAUUGGCAAUGAACUGGCUAAUAGGCUUGGUGUACGAUCUCUUCGUGGAUCAUCAUUGCUGGAUGAUGAGUUAAUGAGGAAUUUGCCCUGCAUGGAAUAUGCUAAAAUAAGUGAGCUGUUGGCUUUGUAUGGUGAGAGCGACUUUCUUUUGUUUGACCUUAUAGAGCUAGCAGACUAUUGCAAUGCAAAGAAAGUGCAUCUGAUUUAUGACAAAAGAGAACAUCCGAAACAGUCCUUACUGCAGCAGAGUCUAGGUGACCUCCAGGGUUCUUCAUUGACAGUGGUCUUGGAAGGAACCAUAUUGAACCGAGAAGAAGUUUGCAGCUUCCAACUUCCUCCUCCCUGGAAAUUGAGAGGGAACAUCCUUAACUAUGGCUUGGGACUUCUUAGUAGUUACUUUGUUUGUGAUACAUUGACUAUUCUUUCUGGUGGUUACUUUUACAUUUUUGACCCCUUGGGCUUGACUGGUGAUGCGACUUCCACUGCUACCUCAUCCGCAAGAUACUUCUCUUUGUUAGGAAAUGAUUUGGUCGAGAGGUUUCAUGAUCAGUUCCUCCCAAUGCGUGUUACACAGGAUGCUUCUUUAUGUACUGCAAACUCCACGAUUAUUCGAAUGCCGUUAUCAUCAAAAUGCCUCAAAGAACUUGAAGCAGGUUGCAAUAUAGUACAACAGGUUUUUGACCGAUUUACACAGAAUCCGUCCAGUACUCUCCUGUUCUUGAGGUCAAUCAUUCAGGUAUCUUUAUCAACAUGGGAGGAUGGGGCCUCUCAGUCAACUCUGAAUUAUUCUGUACUUGUUGACCCAUCUGUUGCUUCUUUGAGGAACCCAUUUUCGGAAAAGAAAUGGAGAAAGUUUCAAAUAUCCAGAAUAUUUUCAAGUACAAGUGCAGCUAUCAAAAUGCAAGCUAUAGAUGUGCACGUAAUUGAGAGUGGCUGCAGUUAUAUUGACAAAUGGUUUGUUGCCCUUUCCCUUGGAUCAGGUCAAACACGAAACAUGGCUCUUGACAGGCGGUAUCUUGCCUAUAACCUAACCCCUGUUGCUGGAGUAGCAGCGCACAUAGCUCGGAAUGGAGUAUCGACCAAUAUACAUCCAUCCAGUUGUAUAUUAUCUCCCUUACCACUAUCUGGGUUUAUAAGCAUGCCAGUCACAACUUUGGGGCAUUUCAUUGUGAGGCACAGUGGUGGGCGCUAUAUUUUUGGCAGUACACGUGAUGCAUCUCUGCCAGAACUUAAAGAGGACAGGGACAGGUUGGUUGAAGCGUGGAAUAAGGAACUUAUGUUAUGUGUGCGUGAUUCAUAUGUUGAGAUGGUUCUAGAAUUUCAAAAGCUUAAAACGGACCCUCUAUCUUCUGCUAUCGAACCAAGGUCUGCACAAUCUGUGGGUGCUAUAUUACAGACAUAUGGUGAUAGGGUAUACUCUUUUUGGCCAAGAUCGAAGCAGAAUCCAACUUCGUUCACGGGGCGUGGUUCUACUGGAACAAAUAUGGAUUCACCAAGGGCAUCUAAAGAAGAUUGGCAAUCCUUAAUAGAGCAAGUGAUAAGGCCUUUCUAUGUACGGUUAGCUGAUCUUCCUGUUUGGCAACUUUACCAUGGAAAUCUUGUUAAAGUGGAUGAGGGUAUGUUCUUAGCUGACUCAGGAAAUGGAGAUGACUAUAAUCUCCCAUGUGAUAGUGUUUGUAGUUUUAUUAAAGAGCGAUAUCCUGUUUUUUCUGUGCCAUGGGAGUUGGUUAGUGAGAUUCAGGCAGUUGGAGUUACCAUAAGAGAGAUUAGACCUAAAAUGAUUCGGGAACUACUAAAAGCUUCUCCAUCCAUUUUACUUAGAUCCAUUGAAACAUAUAUAGAUGUUCUUGAAUAUUGCUUCUCAGAUAUGGACCCUUACCGCUUCUCGGAUGAUCCACCUGAUGAAUCACAAGUUAACAGGCAACAUGUUGGAACAACAAAUUCUUCUAGAUCGCAUUCUAUGCCUUCUUCGAGCAGCACACUGUCUUACCAAUCAAGUACUCAGAUGGCAGGUACUUCUGGAGGUGAUGCACUUGAAAUUAUGACAUACUUUGGAAAAGCCCUAUAUGACUUUGGUAGGGGGGUUGUUGAGGAUAUCAGCAAAACCAAUGGUCCAGCAUUCCACAGGACUCAAGCUGCUGAAACUAAUGUGUUGUCGUCCAUCAUUUCUGAGCUUAAAGGUGUUCCAUUUCCAACAUCAACAAUGCGUCUAACAAAGUUGGGAAUGGCUGAACUCUGGAUAGCCAAUGAGCAGCAGCAGCUAUUGAUGAGCCCUUUGCUGGAUCACUUUAUCCACUAUAAAUGCCUGGAAAAACCCUUCUUGGCUCUGCUGCUUUCCACUCAGGUUAUCCAUAGGCCUCUGAAACUGAGGUGUUUUUCUCCCCACUUAUUAGCAGGUUAUUUGAAGCACAUACUUGAUGAGCGUUGGAUACGGAUUGCACUUGAGAACAAAUCCUCAUGGAUUCCUUGGGACAAUGAUGCUGAAUCAUCAAUUACUCCAACUCCCAAAUGGAUUAGAAGCUUCUGGGAAAAUUUCAGUUCCUUGAACGGUGACCUUUCUCUUUUGUCUGAUUGGCCCUUGAUUCCUGCUUAUCUGGACAAGCCGGUUCUCUGUCGUGUGAAGGAACGCCAUCUAAUAUUUGUGCCACCAAUUAGUGAUUCACCAGACCCUCCUGGAGAUGAUGUAGCUGGACAGCUUGAUACACCGGACUCCCCCAGAGACAGUACUAGAGAAGCAGAACAGAAUGAAGUGCUUGAUACUGCAUUUAGGUCAAUGAACUCAGAAUUUCCAUGGUUAACUUCUCUGCUUAACCAGUUGAAUGUACCAAUUUUUGAUCCCUCCUUCCCAGAGUGUGGUGCAAUAUGCAAUUUAUUUCCUCCAAAUGGUCGUACUCUUGGACAGGCAAUUGUUUCUAAGUUGGUUGCAGCAAAAAAUGCAGCACAUCUACCUUCGCCACUUAGCCUGUCAAGUGAAGACUGCGAUAGACUAUUUGGGUUAUUUGUUUCGGAGUUCAGAUUAGCUAACAGCCACUUGUAUCAGAGAGAAGAAUUGGAUGUCUUGAGAACACUUCCAAUCUAUAAGACAGUUACAGGAACAUACACCAGUCUGUUAGGGUCCGAUCAUUGCAUUCUUUCUCCUACAGCAUUCUUUCACCCUAGUGAUGCCCGGUGCCUUUCUUGCUCAUCAAAUGCACAUUUGUUUCUUCAGGCUUUGGGGGUUGAACGACUAAAUGAUCAUGAAAUACUAGUGAAGUUUGCGUUGCCUGGAUUUGGAAAUAAAACAGCUCAAGAGCAGGAAGACAUUUUGACCUACUUGUAUGCUAACUGGAAAGAUCUUCAACUGAACUCUGCUGUAGUAGAAACCUUGAAGGAGACUAACUUUGUGGCAAAUGCAAAUGAAUUUUGUAAAGAGUUUUUCAAACCUGAGGAAUUACUUGACCCUUCGGAUGCUCUGUUGACUUCUGUGUUUUCUGGGGAGAGAAAUAAGUUCCCUGCUGAAAGGUUCAUGUCAGAUGGUUGGCUUGUUAUACUCAGAAAAGCAGGCCUUAGGACAUCCACAGAGGCUGAUAUGAUAGUACAGUGUGCAAGAAAAAUAGAAACCAUGGGACAUGAUAUUAUGUUGUCUUUAGAAGAUGCUGAUGACUUCGAGGCAGAUUUCACAGACAGCAAAAAUGAAAUCCCUUUUGAGAUAUGGUCUCUGGCAGAAUCUGUAGUAAAUGUGCUUUUUGCAAAUUUUGCUACUUUGUAUGACAGUGCUUUUUGUGAAAAGAUUGGAAAAAUUGCAUUUGUGCCUGCUGAAAAAGGUUUUCCAAGUAUUGGUGGUAAGAGAGGUGGUCGAAGGGUACUUGCCUCAUACAACGAAGCUAUCUUAUUAAAAGACUGGCCAUUAGCAUGGAGUUCUGCUCCAAUUCUUACCAAACAAACAAUUGUUCCUCCCGAGUAUUCUUGGGGAGCAUUUCGGCUUAGGAGUCCACCUGCCUUCAGUACAGUUUUUAGGCACUUACAGAUUGUUGGUAGAGGCAAUGGUGAGGACACAUUAGCACACUGGCCAACCUCAGCAGUGAUAAUGACGGUGGAAGAUGCCUUUCUACAGGUCUUGCAAUACUUGGAUAAAAUAUGGGGAACAAUAUCUUCUUCAGAAAAAAUAGAACUGGAGAAACUGGCAUUUAUACCAGUUGCAAAUGGUACUCGAUUGGUCCCAGUGAAGUCACUUUUUGCUCGUCUGACAAUUAACAUGUCACCUUUUGCUUUUGAGCUUCCAAGUCGGUAUCUUCCAUUUGUUUCCCUUCUUAGAGAGAUUGGAAUGCAGGAAAGCCUUACAAACUCCUAUGCAAGAGAACUUCUUUUGGAUAUCCAAAAGGCAUGUGGCUACCAGCGCUUGAACCCAAAUGAACUCCGUGCGGUUAUGGAAAUAUUGGACUUCAUGUGCAAUGGAAUCAACCAAAGUAUCACAGAUGGAUCAGAUGAUCUUUUCGAUUCAGUAAUACCAGAUGAUGGCUGCAGGCUGGUCACUGCUGCAUCAUGUGUGUAUGUUGACCCAUAUGGUUCUCAUUUACUGAAUAACAUAAAUACAUCAAGGCUAAGAUUCACCCAUCCAGACCUUCCUCAGAAUAUCUGCAAGGCCUUGGGCAUCAAAAAGCUCUCUGAUGUCAUUGUGGAGGAACUUGAUGGAAAAGAAGAAAUUAAAGUUGUCGAUAGCAUUCACUCAGUUACUCUAGACAGAAUAAAAGAGAAGCUGCGUAGUAAAUCUUUGCAUAAUGCAUUUAGGAUUGUGAUGAUCAGCGUAACCAAUCAUUUCCCUUCAUUUGAAGCCCUUGCUUUGGUCCAGAUAGAACAGAUACUAGAGGAUAUUUCACAGAAUCUGCAACUGGUUCAAUGCCUCCAUACUCGCUUUCUCUUACUUCCCAAUCUCCAAGAUGUUACAAGAACCAUCCAGCAUCCUUCUAUUCAUGAAUGGUCAAGCAAUGGAAUGCACAGAAGCAUUUGUUUCGUCAACAAAGCUACGGGUUAUAUUCUAGUCGCAGAGCCCCCAAGUUUUUUGACAAUAUAUGACGUUAUCGCAAUUGUUGUUAGUCACAGGUUAGGGGCACCAAUGAUCCUGCCUAUCGCCUCACUGUUUGCAUGCCCAGAUGGUUCAGAGAAAGAAGUCCUUCAAAUUCUUCACCUGGGUUCAGAUGUUGGAGUUUCAAAACGUGAAGGGAGGUAUGACGCUUCCCUUGGAGCAGAGUUGUUAUCUCAAGAUGCUCGGCAGGUGCAAUUCCUUCCAUUAAGACCAUUCUAUAGUGGUGAAAUUGUGGCAUGGAAGACAGGAAAAGAGGGGGAAAAGCUCAGGUAUGGUAGGGUCCCUGAAGAUGUAAGGCCCUCAGCUGGCCAAGCACUUUACAGAUUUCCAGUAGAGACAGCUCCUGGCGAGACUCGCAUGCUGCUUUCCAGUCAUGUUUACUCAUUUAAAAGUGUUUCAAUGGCUGAUUUCCUAUCUGCACCUUCCCAAGUGAAUGGUGGUGUGGCAUUAGGUGGGCAAGAGAACCUCUUAGCCACCAACAGUGGCACUGAAGUCACCAAGGAUGCGGAUGCUGGGCUUCAAUAUGGAAAAGUAUCUUCCACUGAGCUGGUACAAGCGGUCCAUGAUAUGCUUUCGGCUGCAGGAGUAAGGAUGGAUGCAGAGAAGGAAACACUUUUUGAGGCUACUCUUUCCUUGCAAGAUCAGCUUAAAGAAUCUCAAGUUGCUCUCUUGGUAGAGCAGGAGAAGGCCGAAGCAGCUGUAAGAGAAGCUGAUGUCGCCAAAGCAGCAUGGUCAUGCCGUAUCUGCCUGAAUGCUGAGUGGGACAGUCGAGGUGGCCCUUUGGUAGUCCGGUAG